CUCGUCUGCUAAAAUCCCGUCGUUUUGAAUGUGCGCACAUGCUGCGCAUACGUAAAAUACCCCUCUCCUAGAACAGAAAUAGUAGUUUGAUUAGGGAUUUGCGGUCAGUUGUUAACGUAAUGGAAUCUACUAAAGAGAUAGUAAUUCCCCCAUCUCCCAAUUGGUAUCUAAGCAGUGUUUUUGAAUGUCAUAGAAAGUCUGGAGUCUUAGUUUAUGCUGCUUCGAGAUGUCUCGUGUUUUUGAAAUCUCGUAAUGUUGGCGAUAACUUCGGUUUUCCUAUCACACGUGUCAUCCCGGAUGCUCAUAGGGGCAAAAUUACCUGUGUAUCAUGGUAUCAGCCCUCAGCAAAUGACAAUUUAUUACUAAGUAGUGCAGGAGAAGAUGGGUCUGUUUGUAUAUGGAAUGCCAAUGACUUGAGUCUGGUGUUUGAACAAGAUGCACACAAAGAACAAAAAAUGUCCUGUCUUAGCUGGUCUCCGUUACUGGAAAAGAAGAUUUUGGCUUCAUCAAGUGAAGACGGCACUGUAAUAAUCACAGAGUUACUGUUGAGCUAUGAAAGUUGCAUCACUAGGAAACUAAACUAUGGGAAAAUGAAUCCCUUGAUAUUGUCGUUCAAUCCUCACAUUGCAUGGCACCUUGCAAUAGGGUGCAAAGGUGGUUUAUUGUACAUUUGUGACAUCAGAGAAAAUCGCGGUAUUAUUUAUAAACUUCGAGCCCAUGAAGAUGAUCUACACAAUAUCGCAUGGUGCCCUGUGAAAGGAAACGCAUUUAUUCAUGAAAAUCAAGCAAAGGAAACUUUCUUGGCGACCACUGGUCGAGAUAAAACCAUCAAAUUAUGGGCCACUAAUGAAGGGAAAUGCGUAGCUCAAUCAAAACUUCCUGGAAACACUGGAGUCCAUCGCCCCCGACCUGCCCAAGAUGACAAGCGGUCAACUUGGGUUGCAUUACAUUGGCUAAACGAACGGCAUAUUUUGAGCAGUGGACUUAGUGGAGAGCUUAUUAUGUGGGAGGUUGGACCAAAACUGUCCUGGAAGAUCGUCCAUAAACUUCAUACGCGUGGGCUCUUUAAUAUUUCUUCCUACGUGACAGAAGAUAACCAGGAAAUGGUCUGGACUUCAGCACAAGAUCGCAAUGUUAUUCUCUGGCCCAUAGUAGAAGGCCAUGUACCGAAAGAAGUUUUAGGUAUUCAAGAAAUGGAAAACCCUCAUCUUUGCUUGUCAACAAUGGGUGGUUUCGUCUACGUCUUGAACGUCAAUCCAAUCGACUCGUCUCAAAUGGCGCUUGGACUGGGAGACUGCUCCAUCAGACUAUGGAAUAUGGCUGCUGCAAAGCCCGAUAUGACGAUGUUAUGGAAUGGAAUUAAAGGGAAAGUCAGCGCAUUAUCGUGGCAUCCCACGGUAGAGGGUCGGCUAGCUUUUGGAACAGAUGAAGGACGAGUUGGAAUAUUCGAUACGCUCGCGCCAUCGAAGCCCCCUAUUUUAAGUCGCACCUAUCAUAAAGGCACAGUCUACAAUUUAGCUUGGGCCACUUUGCCCAACAAAGAUGGGUUGUCCCUGUAUUCCUGUGGUGGAAAUCAUAUAAUGGUUCACGAUCCAUCUGCGUUGGAUCUAGACGCAAAAAAUUUCAAUAAUUUAAUUGUUAGCAAAGGAGAAAAGAAUCAAAAAUUCCCUUCAAGAACUGAAUUCCAAUGGAAAGUGGAUUUUUCUCUUUUAGCUGUGGGCAACGAAGAUGGUUCUGUGGAAAUCUACAAGGGCAGUGAUUUAUGUUUGCUGAUGAUUAUCGUUGCACAUAAAAAACUUAUUCAAUGCCUUAAAUGGCACCCGCCAUUCACUUUCCAAAGUGCGGAACCUUCUAAAUUUGAUAGCUGGCUGGCAGUGGCUUCAAAUGACGUUACCAUCAAAGUUUUCAGUGUAGUUGCCAACAAAGACGAGCCAGCAACAUCCACUCUUGCGGCCACUCUUAGCGGUCAUAAAGAGCGUGUGGUAUCCGUUGCGUGGAGUCCGCACGAAGAUGGAAAGCUUCUCUCUGCAAGUUACGAUGGAACUGCACAGGUUUGGGACGUGAUCAAUAAAGAGCCUUUGGCGAAUUUCGGUGGUCACGCUGGAAGAUUGCUUUGUUGCGAAUGGAAUGCCCUGGACCAAGAUACAGCGGUUACAGGAAGUGAUGAUAUGACAGUUCAAAUGUGGAAAAUUAAGGAUCAAGUUCACAAGACUCCGUCCGAAUCCAUGGCAGUGAAAACGGUGAAAGAGAGGAAGAAGACACCCUUCAAACCGCCUACGUCUUCAUCCGUUACUGGCCGACAUACAACUUCAAGUACUGCUGGUAAAAAGAAAGCGCCGAGUAAACUGAAAUCGCUAUUUCCAGUAAGCGCCACGUUAGAAGGUCGUGGACGGCUUGAGGGCUUAAAGGACUGCAAAAUAUUGGCCACUUUAAAGGGAGUAUCGCUUAAACAUUCCAUCGUGGACGAAGACCCAGAAUCGUACACCUUUCCCAUAUCUGAUUUUGGAGAUGCGGAAUUGGCUCAUCUGGGUUUCUUCGUUAAUCGAGAAUCCACCAUUCAGAUGCUACAAGAGGAGAUAGACCAUCAUCAAGAAGGUUCCAAUUUUGAUCUGGCAGCUCAUUUGAGAAUCUGGCAAGGGGAUGUCGAACCCAUGUUAAGAGAAGCUGUGAAGAAGAGGCAGCUCAAUGAUUGGCUCGUUAGCUUGGCCCCUCAAGUCUCGUUGGAGUUUUGGAGGGAAAUGGCCCAUCUGUACGCUCAGCAGCUGAUGGCAGAGGGGGAUGUCAGAAAAGCCGUGUCUUAUACGAUCAUUUCCGGCGAGAAGAGUCAGGCGAUUGAAAUGUUUUCCAGUCAGCAGUUACAUCGCGAAGCUGUAGCUCUUACACGUUGUCAGUACCCCGAUGAAAGUUCUCAAGUUCAAGAGUCGCUCUCCCGCUGGUCUCGGAAAGCAGUUAUAGAUGGUAAUCUGGAAUUGGCAGUGAAAUGUUUCCUGGCCAAUGGCGAGGUAGCUGAAGCGGCACGUACCCUGGCGCGACGAUCAGAUCCGUUGUCUUUGGUUUUGUCCGCUGACCUGGCGACGAACGCUGGACUGGAUCAAUUGGCUGCGGCCUACUUACAACAAGCUGCGGACAUUGCGCAGACUACUACUGCGACUACUGACAACCCUAGUUCUCUCGCUACACCGACGAAUGGCGAUGCGGCCUUUGCGGAAGUAUCUGAAAGUAUCGAUCAAGCGAACAAGAACCAAGAAGUUCUCGCAGGAGCAAUAAAGGAGGAGACAAUAAAUUACGAUGACAUUUCAACAUAAUAGAAGGACUGAAUGAUGUGUCUGUGUGUAUUGUCUGACGGUAUUAUUACGGCCUUUCUUAAUUACAUACGUGGACGGCUGUA